AUGUCUUUCAGCCUCAACGUCGAAAGUUUUGGCCAGUAUUCGGACCUGACGUAUCUUGUAGGCCUCGUGGCCGUGCUCCUGACAAGCCAGGCGGUCUAUAGGCUGUUCCUCAGCCCCACUGCGAGUGUUCCAGGACCAUGGUGGGCACGAUUGACUUCGUUGCCGCUUCUCUAUGCCACCUUCAAGGGCUACCGGUCACGUUUCGCGGAUGACCUGCUUCGCAAAUACAACACCACUGUCGUCGUCAUCGCGCCCAACCAGGUGCACACUUCGGAUGAGGAAGCGAUAAAGGUCAUCUAUGACCGAAAGGCUGUGAAGACUCGCUUCUACGCCAACAUGGGCUCGUGGAAGGGAGUGAAAAGUACCUUGGGCAUCCUGGAUUAUCCCACCGCCUCGACUACACGCAACAACCUGAUCAAAUGCUUUCAAAAUAAGAACCUGGACAUCCUCAGCACCAACAUCGACGGACACGUCCGUCACUUCGUUGAUUGCAUUGCAUUGCAGGUUCGCGAGAACAAACCAGUGGAAUGCCUGUUCUGGUUCCGCCUUUUGGCCCUGGAUAUUGUGACGGAUGUGCUGUGGGCUGAACAGACGAACCUGCUGCAGGACGCCGCAAAGGGUAACGUGAACAGCCUGUUCCUACGUCGAUUUCACGCCUUCAGCAAGUACAACGCCCUUCGAUCCUUCAUUCCGGGUCUGGAUCUCUUUGUGACUAUGUUCGGCAAUGAUACUUGGAAAGGAUACCGGCGCGAUCUCAACGAUCUCGACCAAACCGCUUGCGCGGCGUUGCAACGAUGGGAGAAGGCGAACGCCAACGGCCAAUCAUCUCACGAACGUGAUGUGCUCUCAAUGUUGGCCAACCUCAACGACCACUCCGAAGCGUCCAAGCGGAUUCGACCAAACGAGAUUCCGGCAUAUUUGGUCGAGAUGCUUGCUGCUGGCUCGUCCACCACUUCGACCACUGCGACCUUAUUCUGUCACGAGAUGGCUCUGAAUCCAAAGCUGCAGCAGGAAUUGCACAACGUUUUGCGCGCUACCUUCCACGAUCCGAACGACAUUAAGUUGUCGGUGGCGCAGGAGAUUCCACUGCUACGUGCUGCAGUUCGGGAGACCAUGCGUUUCUAUCCCGUCAUUCCUGGUCCGCUGGAACGUCGUCUGGGUACGGAUUGCCCCAUACGUAGUGCAAACCUAAGCCUCCCUAAGGGCGUCAUCGCUUCAGGAGCCGCAUUUACUCAGUCACGCCGCGAGGACAUCUUCACUCGCUGCAAUGAGUUCUUGCCCAAACGAUGGCUAAGUGAGGACGAUAGUGACGAGGACAAGGCUCGUUUGGCGCGCAUGACUCAAAAUUGGAUUCCCUUCGGCACAGGCGCGCGUUCCUGUCCAGGUUCCAACUUGGCCCUCAACGAAUUGCACCUGAUGUUGGCCGCCGUCAUUCGUCGAUUCAGGGUAUCGCUUCCUCAUGAAAAUGACGGCAAACCUUUCGUCAGAGGUCAUGUCCCAACCCAUGAUCAUUUUACCUCCGCGCCCCAGCUUGGCUCGGUUUGGCUACGCUUUGAGGAGAUUGGAGAUUAA